CUGACGUACAAGAGUUGCUUGAAUGGAUGAAUUGUAACGAAUUGCAUGGUUUUAUUAUCAUUAUCACCGAGCAACUUGUAUAUUAAGAAGUCGUUUGAAUACAGCAAGGAGACAACCGUAGUUUAUUGACUGAAUUUGCUGGUAUAAUGUUCUAUUUGUGUUGUCAACCCAUGUAACAGUAGUGUUUCUGCGCGAAAACCACACUGAAAUCUGUUGGAAAACUUGAAAGUACAGUUUCGUAUACAGUUUCCGAAUACGUUGAUAACUUUAUCCCUAUGAAAGCUUUUAUUCUGUAAGAACUGUAAAUCAUGGAUGAAGAACCAGAGAGAACCAAACGCUGGGAAGGAGGAUACGAACGUACAUGGGAGGUGCUGAAGGAGGAUGAGUCUGGAUCACUCAAGGCUACUGUUGAGGAUAUUCUUUUCCAGGCAAAGAGGAAAAGAGUAUUUGAGAGUCAUGGACAAGUUCGACUUGGGAUGAUGCGCCACCUUUUUGUGGUUGUUGACUCAUCUAGAUCGAUGGAAGAUCAAGACCUUAAGCCCAACAGAUUGACCUCCACCUUGAAGCUGAUGGAAUAUUUUGUGGAGGAAUACUUUGAUCAGAACCCAAUCAGUCAGAUAGGAAUCAUUACCACCAAGAACAAAAGGGCGGAAAAACUGACUGAUCUGGCAGGGAAUCCUAAGAAGCAUAUAGCAGCUCUGAAGAAGGCUGUGGACUCUGCGUGUAUUGGAGAGCCAUCCCUCUACAACUCUCUGAACAUAGCUAUGCAGACUCUGAAACACAUGCCUGCUCAUACAAGCAGAGAGAUCCUGGUUAUUUUCAGCAGUCUUACCACCUGUGAUCCAGCCAACAUCUAUGAUCUUAUUAAAACUCUGAAAGGUUUGAAAAUCAGGGUGUCUGUAAUUGGUCUGUCGGCAGAGGUUCGAGUGUGCACCAUCCUCACAAGAGAAACAGGAGGAACCUACAAUGUGAUACUGGAUGAGAGUCACUUUAAAGAGCUGCUGACAUUGCAGGUGAAGCCUCCUCCUGCCAGCUCCUCCUCAGAGUGUUCCCUUAUCCGCAUGGGUUUUCCCCAGCACGUCAUAGCUUCCAUGUCAGAUCAGGAUGCCAAACCCUCUUUCAGCAUGGCGCACCUGGACAGCACCUCCGAUGGGCCAGGACUCACUCUUGGCGGAUACUACUGCCCACAGUGCAGAGCCAAAUACACUGAGCUCCCCGUGGAGUGCAAAGUGUGUGGUCUGACUUUAGUUUCUGCUCCUCACCUGGCCCGUUCCUUCCAUCACCUCUUCCCUCUGGAUGCUUUCCAGGAGACCCCACUGGAGGAGUAUGAGGGAGAGAGAUUCUGUGAAGCUUGCCAAGGAGAGUUAAAAGACAAAAGUGUGUUUACGUGUCCAUCAUGUAAGAAAGUGUUCUGUGUAGAGUGUGAUCUCUUCAUACAUGAUACCUUGCACUGCUGUCCCGGGUGCAUGCACACUGAUGGGAUGUCCUGAUGAGACCACAAUUUGUACUGAUGUGAACUUCAGUACAAAUAAAGACUGAGAGAUGAAGAAAAAAAUAAAUUCAUCGGCAUAAGAUUUAGAUUCUUAGGCCCAGUUUGAGCAUAAAGGAGAUAUAAGCAAAAAAAUGGCUAAAGCUUGCUGUUAACUUGCAUCUUAACUGUAUGUAAGGAAGUACCCUAUGGGGAAAAGAGAGCAUCUCACUGGACCAAAUGACAAAGCGCCUUUAUUCUUUUUUUUAUGCUGUUUGUUUUUCAGUCUUUGGCAGUUGUUAUCACUGAGUUGUAAUAAUAGACAUAAUUAACAGGACUGACAUUGCUGUAUUUUUACCCUAUAUGACGUUAAUGUAUUUGCCUGUGCUUAAUGAACCAUAAGCAAACUUGUGCAUAAUUACUUUAGACUAAUUGCUUUAACAAAUGAAAACAGUAACAAACUGUAUGGCUAAUUAUUGCAAACUGUGUGAAUGAUUAAUGGUAAAUCAGUUUUAAGUGUUGCAGCAUAACAGUUAAUUUAUGUAUUCACAAUAUCUUUUUCAGUUGAGUUCAUUGUAAGAGGUUACUCUCUGUGAAAUAAUUAAAAAUGACAAAAGUGGAAAA